UGUCGUUUUCUUUAUUAUUAUUUUUUUUUUGGGGUGGAAACUGAGAGCCAUAGCCAAAAAUUCAUGUCAAAUCCAGUUUGUUCCUCUUCCCACCUCUGAGCUUUGAAAUCCGUGCCUUCCUUCCAUGAUUAACGUGAUCUUCUAUCUCAAUCCUGGUCAUGGGGACUCAGUCAAACGAUUCCAGCAAUCCCAGUACAGAUCAAGUGAAAUUGCCACAAAAUCAGGAAACUACUGACAUCCAAACUUCUCCAAACCCUCAGGGACUUCCCAUCAGUACCAAGCCCACUAAUGCUGCCCCAAAUGCAAAGACGUUGACCCUCCUUCCUCUUAUCUUCCUCAUUUACUUUGAAGUCGCCGGUGGGCCCUACGGCGAGGAGCCUGCAGUCAAAGCAGCCGGACCCCUGUUCGCCAUCCUCGGCUUUCUCAUCUUUCCUUUCAUAUGGAGUGUCCCUGAGGCCCUCAUCACGGCUGAGCUAUCCACUGCUUUUCCUGGAAAUGGCGGAUUUGUCAUUUGGGCUGAGCGCGCUUUUGGUCCAUUCUGGGGAUCUUUGAUGGGGACAUGGAAGUUCCUAAGUGGGGUCAUCAACAUCGCUGCCUUCCCUGUCCUUUGCAUCGAUUACUUGGAGAAACUUAUCCCGGUUCUCGAAUCUGGCUGGCCUAGGUACAUUGCAAUCUUGCUAUCCACAUUGUUUCUUUCGUUUCUCAACUAUACAGGUUUAGCCAUUGUUGGAUAUGCUGCAGUAGUACUUGGUAUUGUUUCGCUUUCGCCGUUUAUUUUGAUGUCUUUGAUAGCAAUUCCAAAGAUUAAGCCUCACAGAUGGACUAGUUUGGGCCAAAAGGGGGUGAAAAAGGAUUGGAACCUGUUCUUCAACACCCUCUUUUGGAACUUGAACUUUUGGGACAAUGUAAGUACCUUAGCCGGUGAAGUCGACAAACCCCAGAAGAAUUUUCCCAUCGGUCUCCUGGCGGCCGUCAUAUUCACUUGCCUCGCCUACUUGAUUCCACUCAUUGCCGUGACCGGAGCUAUUUCUGUGGAUCAAAAUCUAUGGGAAACUGGUUUCCACGCUGAUGCUGCAGAAAUUAUUGCCGGCAAGUGGUUGAAAGUGUGGCUUGAGAUUGGUGCUGUGUUGUCUGCCAUUGGACUCUUUGAAGCCCAACUAAGUAGUAGCGCCUACCAAGUUCUUGGCAUGGCAAAUAUCGGAUUUCUACCCAAGUUUUGCUCCGUCCGUUCGAGAAGGUUCAACACUCCAUUUGUGGGGAUCUUGGUUUCAACUAUAAUUGCUCUAGCAAUCUCCUACAUGAAUUUCACAGUCAUAAUUUCAUCAGCAAACUUCUUGUACAGUUUGGGAAUGUUAUUGGAGUUUUCAUCCUUUGUUUGGCUGAGAAGAAAAAUGCCAUCCUUGAAGAGGCCAUACAGGGUGCCAAUGGGGUUACCAGGUUUGAUAAUCAUGUGCUUGAUUCCAUCAGCAUUUCUGAUAUUUGUGAUGGCCAUUGCCACAAAGACUGUGUUCUUGGUGAGUGGUGUUAUGACAGCGGCUGGGAUUGGAUGGUUCUUUUUCAUGAGAUUUUGCAAGUCAAAGAAAUUAUUCAAUUUCAACGACAAUGAAGAAAUUCAUGAAGGAUCAUCAUUUGGGUGAUUUUUACUUCAUUUCACUUGGCUUGUUUGUAACAAGAAGAUCUAGACGUCUUAUACUUCAAUUGUACAAAACAUUACUUCUUCCUUAGUAUUAUUAUUUAUGUAUUUUCCAUUGCCUUUUUUUCUCAGAGAAUU